CCCCCACCGCCUGGUCCGUCAUGGGCCGGGUUGGUCAGGGCCGCCUUCCCCGUAGGCCCAUGCUGCUCCCCGUCUGUGGAGGGCAGAAGAAGAAGGCUGCCUCGGCUAGCACAACACUGCUGCUUGGGUUCAGAAUGUUGCCAGUGCUGGCCUUGCACGGCCAGACCCCCUCCACUGUCCAAAAGGUCAAUUCCUGCAACUGAUGUCCAACUCCAGAGCUGGAGGUGGAGAGAGAGGAGGAAGGAAGGGAGGGGAUUCCGGGGCUGCCUGGAUCGAAAGUUCAAGAGAACGAUGAAGGAAGAGGUGAAAGGCAUCCCAGUCAAGGUGGCCCUGCGCUGCCGCCCACUUCUCCCCAGGGAGCUGGAGGAAGGCUGCCAGACCUGCCUUUCCUUUGUACCUGGAGAGCCCCAGGUGGUGGUUGGCAGUGGCGAAAAAUGCUUCACCUACGACUUUGUGUUUGAUCCCUCAGCGGAGCAGGAAGAAGUUUUCAACCUAGCAGUGGCCCCUCUCAUAAAGGGCAUCUUUCAAGGGUAUAAUGCAACUGUUCUGGCCUAUGGACAAACUGGCUCUGGAAAAACGUUUUCAAUGGGAAGUGCCUAUACUGCAGCUCAGGAGAAUGAGCCAACAGUUGGGGUCAUCCCUCGCGUCAUUCAGCUCCUUUUCACCGAAAUGGACAAGAAGGUGGACUUUGAAUUUCUCCUGAAAGUGUCUUAUCUGGAGAUCUACAAUGAGGAGAUUCUAGACUUGCUGUCCCCAUCUCGGGAGAAAUCCUCACAGAUAAAUAUACGGGAAGAUCCUAAGGAAGGCAUAAAGAUCAUAGGACUCACUGAAAAAACUGUUUCACUUGCCAUGGAUACUGUGUCCUGCUUGGAGCAGGGCAACAACUGUAGGACUGUGGCCUCCACAGCUAUGAACUCCCAGUCUUCUCGAUCUCAUGCCAUCUUCACCAUCUCUGUAGAGCAGAAAAAGAAAAGUGACAAGAAUAGUAGCUUACGCUGUAAGCUGCAUCUCGUGGACCUGGCUGGUUCAGAAAGGCAGAAGAAGACUAAGGCUGAAGGAGAUCGUCUAAAAGAAGGCAUUAAUAUUAACAGAGGACUCCUGUGCCUGGGAAAUGUAAUUAGUGCACUCGGAGAUGACAAAAAGGGUGGCUUUAUUCCCUAUAGAGAUUCCAAGUUAACCCGUCUGCUUCAAGAUUCACUAGGAGGUAAUAGCCACACUCUUAUGAUUGCCUGUGUGAGUCCUGCAGACUCCAACCUAGAAGAAACAGUCAAUACGCUGCGCUAUGCUGACAGAGCAAGAAAAAUCAAGAAUAAGCCCAUUGUCAACAUUGAUCCCCAGACAGCUGAGCUUAACCAGCUGAAGCAGCAGGUACAGCAGCUACAAGUCUUAUUGCUACAAGCUCAUGGAGGGACCCUGCCAGUGUCUAUCAAUGUGGAACCAUCAGAAAAUCUACAGUCCCUAAUGGAAAAGAACCACUCCUUGAUUGAGGAGAAUGAAAAGCUGAGCCGAGGACUGAGCGAGGCAGCUGGUCAGACAGCCCAGAUGUUGGAGAGGAUCAUUUUGACAGAACAAGCGAAUGACAAGAUGAGUGUGAAGCUUGAAGAACUCAAGCAACACCCAGCGUGCAAGCUUGAUCUGCAAAAGCUGAUAGAGUCUCUGGAGGACCAAGAGUUAAAAGAAAAUUUGGAGAUAAUUCAUAGUCUGCAGCAUGUGAUAACUCAGCUCUCAGUAAGCCAAGAUGCUGCUGCUCUCUGCAUGGCUUCAGCUGCUGACGUGCCUGCCGAGCCCAAUGCUGCCCAGGUGGAAACUAGUCCUAACACCAGCAGGUCCUCUGACGGUUUCACUACUCAGCAUGCACUCCGCCAGGCUCAGAUGUCCAAGGAGCUGCUAGAGCUGAAUAAAGCCCUUGCUUUGAAAGAGGCCCUAGCCAAGAAAAUUACUCAGAAUGACAGUCAUCUGCAGCCCAUACAGUUCCAGUACCAGGAUAACAUGAAAAGCCUAGAGUUGGAAGUUGUCAGUCUACAAAAAGAAAAGGAAGACUUGAUCUUUCUGCUCAAUUCAGCAAAGAAGGAUGUCAACCAAGCCAAGUUGAGCGAACGUCGUCGAAAACGACUCCAGGAGCUAGAAGGGCAAAUUAUUGACCUGAAGAAGAAAUUGAAUGAGCAGUCAAAGCUUCUGAAGUUAAAAGAAUCCACAGAGCACACAGUCUCCAAACUUAACCAGGAAAUACGGUUGAUGAAAAGCCAAAGAGUACAGCUAAUGCGUCAGAUGAAAGAAGAUGCUGAAAAAUUUCGGCAGUGGAAGCAACAAAAAGACAAGGAAGUAAUCCAGCUUAAAGAACGAGAUCGUAAGAGGCAGUAUGAACUGCUCAAGCUUGAAAAGGACUUUCAGAAACAAUCCAAUGUCCUCAGACGGAAAACUGAGGAGGCAGCAGCUGCCAACAGGCGCCUCAGGGAUGCUCUACAGAAACAACGAGAGGCUGCAGAUAAGCGGAAAGAGAGCCAGAGCCGCGGAAUGGAGGGGACUGCAGCCCGGGUGAAGAAUUGGCUUGGAAAUGAAAUAGAAGUCAUGGUCAGUACUGAAGAAGCCAAACGCCAUCUGAAUGACCUUCUUGAAGAUCGAAAGAUGCUGGCUCAGGACCUUGUUCAACUCAAACAGAAAAAAGAUGCUGGAGAAAACCCACCUCCCAAACUCCGAAGGCGGACGUAUUCACUUGCUGAUCUGCAGUGUUAUGAAUCAGAUGAUUCUGUCACAAAACAGAUAGAGAGCCUUGAGACUGAGAUGGAGCUGAGGAGUGCCCAAAUCGCUGACCUACAACAGAAACUGCUGGAUGCAGACAGUGAAGACAGGGCGAGGCACCGCUGGGAAAAUAUUGCAACCAUUCUGGAGGCCAAGUGUGCUCUCAAAUAUUUGAUAGGAGAGCUGGUUGCCUCUAAAGUGCAGAACAGCAAACUCGAAAGCCACUUGAAACAGAGCAAGGACUGCUGUUCUGACCUGCAGAAGAUGCUCACUGAGGAACGCAGUCAGACUACCGAGAUGAAGAAUGAGCUACAGGAGGACAUGAUGAAGUUGGAGCAGCAGCACCAAGAGAAGGUGCUCUAUCUGCUUAGCCAGCUGCAGCAGAACCAAGUGGUGGAGACACAGCUAGAAGAUUCCGUGAGUGAACGGGAACAGCAACUGCUUGACAGGCUCAAGUUUCAGGAUGAAGAACUUGAGAAGAUGCGGGAAGUGUGUGAGCAAAACCACCAGCUUCUUCAAGAGAAUGAAGCCAUCAAGCAGAAACUGAACCUUCUCCAAGUGGUCAGCGGGAAGAAACUUCACCUUCCAAAUGUCUCCACUCUGUCUCCAGAUUCUUCCUUUGAGUAUAUCCCACCCAAGCCAAGGCCUUCCCGUCCAGCUAAAGAAAAGCUCCUGUUACGAACUAUGGAAGUUGAGGAUCUGAAAUCUAACACAGAGCCUUCUGGGAGUGAAGCUGAUAACGAUGAGGACGAUGAUGAGUGGAAGCCAAAAAAACUAGUCAAAGGCUCCAAGAAGAACGUACAAGGGUGCUCCUGCAAGGGUUGGUGUGGAAAUAAACAAUGUGGGUGCAGGAAGCAAAAGGCGGGCUGCGGAGCAGACUGUAGCUGUGACCCUGGGAAGUGUAGGAACCGAGAGCAGCAGGUGGAUGCAUCCACCAGUGCAGAAAAUACCCAGGACUCUGAAGGCUCCUUCAAGCUAGAGGAUCCCACAGAAGUGACCCCAGGACUGAACUUCUUUAAUCCUGUCUGUGCUACUCCCAACAACAAGAUUCUUCGAGAGAUGUAUGAUGUGGGCCAGGUACUGACAGUCACCAAGUUAAAGAAGAAGACUCCUUCCUCUGCCCCUCUAGAGCCUGGACCUGCAGCUGCCUCCCAGGAGAACAAGGCCCCAGGAGAGAAGAAGAAGAAGCGCGUUCUAAAUAGUACCACUAGCUUUUUCUCUGGCUGUACCCCCAUCAGUGAAGAGGAUGGAGGCCUCUAAAGGUAGAAGCCCUUGCGCCUGGGAGGCAUCUUCGUGCUGGUUUAGAGGUUGCUGAGGGAGAGGGAUUUUAGUGAGGUUGUUGGAUUUCUGGUUAUUUGUUGCAUAAUAAAGAGAAAGCUGUUCCCCUCUCUUCCACAUCCCUUCAUUAUCUUCCUUCUCUCCAGAUGCUGCCUCUGUUGUGAACAGGCUGCCUGGAACUGUUGAGUGCUGAGCCAUCCCAUAGCCCUAAAAGGUCCCACACAUGUCAGCUGAGAAGUUUUUCCCUUUCCAGAAUUUAUGUCAGAAAUCAGUCUGGUGCGCGCCCCAAAUCAACAUGGGCUUUGUGGGGAGUCUGGCUCAGCUUAGAGGCAUAGAGGUUCUGCCUUGGGACAGGGGUGUGCCCUGCCCUGUUGUUUUAGUGAGACUAGAGAUACUUGGGCUUCAUGAUCUUAAGGCAAUAAUUUAGGACCCUUUGUUAAGUUAAUGUUAGAUGAAUAAAUAAACUUUGGAAUCCUU